UUCACCAAUGGAUUCUUUCUUUUUCUCUGUCCCAACAUGGUCACUUAUAUACUCCCUCUAGGGCUUCUUUUUUGGAGCAUCACUAGAGAAGCCUAAACAUGGCCUUAAACACUCACCCCCUGGCCUUCUUGCUUCUUUUUGUUCUUGCCAACUUCUUGAGCUAUUACCCUUGUAAGGCAGCUAAUGAUGACGAUAAUUCUAAACUUGGAGCUUCUUUUAUCUUUGGUGAUUCUCUGGUUGAUGCUGGAAACAAUAACUAUUUACCAACUCUUUCUAGGGCAAAUAUCCCUCCUAAUGGGAUUGAUUUUAAAGCCUCCGGAGGAAACCCUACCGGCCGGUACACCAAUGGAAGAACCAUUGGUGAUAUUAUAGGGGAGGAACUAGGGCUACCAAACUAUGCUAUCCCAUUUCUAGCCCCAAAUUCCACUGGAAAAGCUAUAUUAUAUGGUGUAAAUUAUGCUUCAGGAGGAGGAGGGAUUUUGAAUGCAACCGGAAGAAUAUUUGUUAACAGGCUAGGAAUGGAUAUUCAAAUAGACUAUUACAACAUUACUAGAAAAGAGUUUGAUAAAUUGCUGGGUCCAUCCAAGGCAAGAGAUUACAUUAUGAAGAAAUCAAUUUUCUCCAUCACUGUUGGAGCAAAUGAUUUCCUAAACAAUUACCUACUUCCAGUCCUCUCAGUUGGGGCAAGAAUUAGUCAAAGUCCUGAUGCAUUCAUUGAUGAUAUGCUUAAUCACUUAAGAGGCCAACUUACUAGACUAUAUCAAUUGGAUGCUAGAAAAUUUGUUAUCGGAAAUGUCGGACCGAUCGGCUGCAUACCCUAUCAGAAGACUAUAAAUCAACUGAAAGAGAAUGAAUGUGUGGGAUUAGCUAAUAAAUUAGCAGUUCAAUACAAUGGCAGAUUGAAGGAUUUACUUGCUGAAUUGAACGAUAAUCUUCCUGGAGCUACGUUUGUUCAUGCCAAUGUCUAUGAUCUAGUCAUGGAACUCAUCACAAAUUAUGACAAAUAUGGAUUUACAACUGCAACAAGAGCUUGCUGUGGAAAUGGAGGGCAAUUUGCUGGGAUAAUUCCAUGUGGACCUACCUCAACUAUGUGCCAAGAUCGGUCCACGCAUGUGUUCUGGGAUCCUUACCAUCCCAGUGAGGCUGCAAACAUUCUACUUGCCAAGCAACUGCUGGAUGGAGAUAAAAGAUAUAUAUCUCCUAUGAAUCUAAGGCAACUCAGAGAGCUUUGAUUAUAAAAAGAUUUCUGUUUCUGUAUGUGUGUGCAAUAUUCCAAUUUCUCCUUAUAUCAACAGGGUUUUGCUCUACCCAUAUGGUAAACUUAUCUUCUACAAACAAAACUUCCCCUUGUUUUCUUGUUUUGUUUUUACUUUUCAUGUUCGCCUGCAGUACAUACAGUUUUGAGAAUUGGAGUUUCACCACACUUUGGCUUUAAUGAUAUUAAAAUUGUUUUAA